AUGGAUCUUCACGCUCCACCUUUGGUCGUCCAUGGAUAUGAACCUCACGCCCCAUUGCUAGAAGUCGAAGGUUUGGACCCGCAUAGCCCCCAGCAGAAAGUUCUCAUUCACGCGCCAACGUUGCAGGGUCAAGAGCUGAUAAGCGAUCAUCGGAACGGAGAGUACGACUUUGCAGAUGAGCAGUACCACGCGCACAGCAGCAACCAGAGCAGCGACGGUCACGGCGGCGUAAACCAACUCGGCGGUGUGUUCGUCAACGGAAGACCGUUGCCUGACGUCGUCAGACAAAGGAUAGUGGAGCUGGCCCACAGCGGGGUCAGGCCUUGCGACAUCAGCAGGCAGCUCAGGGUGUCCCACGGCUGCGUCUCCAAGAUACUGUCUAGGUAUUACGAAACGGGCAGCUUCAAAGCCGGCGUCAUAGGGGGCUCCAAGCCGAAGGUGGCGACGCCGCCCGUGGUGGACGCCAUCGCGGCAUACAAGCGCGAGAACCCGACUAUGUUCGCGUGGGAAAUAAGGGACAGGCUGCUGAGCGAGGGCAUCUGCAGCCAGGACAAUGUGCCUUCUGUUUCUAGUAUAAAUAGGAUUGUACGCAACAAAGCAGCUGAGAAAGCGAAGCAUGCGCAUAACCAGCAACAGCAGCAGCAACAGGAACAGGAGAUCAGCUCGGCGCAGGGCAGCGUCGUCUCUGUCAUAACCCAUGCAGGCAACGCUCCGGGCACAACAGCUGUGUUAUCCCCCACUACAGAACAGCAUGUAACCAACACAGGCAGCUACAGCAUCAACGGCAUCCUGGGAAUCGAACAGGUGGACGGUCUGCAUAAUGGCACCACGGGUUUGAAGAGGAAACGGCAUGAGGACCAAGACGAAAAUCGGGAUUUCAAUAGUCAUUCAGAAGAUGACGUGAAGAGACAAAGGAGUCACUAUAAUGGAGACCAGAUAUACUCUAACCUUUGGUCAUCGUCGAAAUGGAGUCUCAAGGACGAAUACAAACUGCUCUCCGAGUUGGGCGGGGCGGCGGGCGGCGCGACCGGCUACUAUGAAAACUUGUUUGACGCUCCGUACGAACACGCCGCCCAUCCGCACUACACGCCUCAUUCUGCCACCAAUGAUUCAACUGGUUCUAACGGUGGUGCUGGUGGAGAACCACCUUCGGCCGCCGCCAGUCCUGACGCGGCAGCCCUGGUGGUACUUCAACCACCAGCGCCGCCGUAUCCGCCGUAUGCGCAUUAUGAUGGCACGACAACACUAGCCAGUGAAUACGCGUACGCAGCUCCCUACUCCCAGUACUCGCCGUACGGAGGGCCGUACACGCACUCCGCCGCUACGGGGCUGCUGACCAAGUGAUAUCAACGGACGCCGUGCGAGCAAUAGCUGUCGGCGAGACACAACGAACAAAAUUA